AGCACCAUGCCAGGCCUGAUAAACAAAGGGAAGCGGAAUGCCCUGCCACUCAGUAUCUCUGAAAUCACUUCCUGUGUCAGAGGUUACACCCUGGCGAUGACUGCCUCCUUGACAUACAACAACAUCGAGGACCACCCCAUUGAAGGCAUCUUCAUCUACCCCUUGGAUGAACAUUCAGCUGUAGUGGGCUUUGAGGCUAUGAUUGCUGACCAGAUCAUAACUGUUCAGAUCAAGGACAAGGCAAAAAUCGAUGACUGCUACUUGGACUGCUACACGAUGGCGAAUGGAGCCACCCACAGUGGCACUGGCCACAUUGUGCUGGAUGAAGACCUGGAGCGAACCGUACUGGUGGUCAACCUGGGCAUCAUUCCUCCCCUGGAAACAGUUAAUGUACUGGUCAGCACGUCCUCAGAGCUGCCCACUCUACCCAAUGGUGGCAUCAAGGUCACGUCCCCAUCUGCGUGCACACCCAAGGUGCAGCGGUCUAUGAACGAGGAGCACAGCCUCAGCCCGAAUCCUGCCAGGGUGAAGGACAAGCACCACUGUGCCUUGGGAACCCAUGAACACGCCUUAGUUGGCAACCAGCUCUGCUUGGCCUUGCUCCUAGAGGAGGAACAUGUCAACUCCAUUGACUACGAGUUUAACUUCCAGCUAGAGAUCCGUAGCCCCUGCCUGCUUGCAGGUGUGGAAAGCCCAACACAUGCUAUCAGAGCUGACGCGGACCCCUCGGCUCGCUCCGCCACCAACGUUGUCGUCACCCUGGCGGACAAGUACACCUACGAUUGCCCCGUAGAGAUCCUCAUCUACCUGAGCGAGCCACAUAUGCCACAUGUUCUCAUAGAGGAUGGUGACAUGACACUCGAGGAGUAUGAUGAACACCUAAAAGGGAGGAGUGACUUCAUCAAGGGAACCAAGAAGGACUCCAGCAAUGAGAAGAAAGUGGAAAUAAUUCGCAAACGGCUCCACAAGGAUAUUCUCCACAACCCUGUGGCGAUGCUCAACUUCUGUCCUGAUCUGAAGGCCAUGACCUCUGACCUGAGAAAGGUUCAAGGGGAAUUUGUUUUCCUGAUCGAUCGUAGUGGGAGCAUGAGUGGGGUCAACAUCAAUCGUGUAAAGGAUGCCAUGGUGGUGGUUCUGAAAAGCCUCGUGCCAGCCUGCUUGUUCAACAUCAUCGGCUUUGGCUCAACAUUCAAGACUCUGUUCCCCACCAGUCAGAGCUACGGUGAGGAGACGCUGGCUGUGGCUUGUGAGCAUGUCAGGAAAAUCCGCGCCGACAUGGGUGGUACCAACAUCCUGGCACCUCUCAGCUGGGUCCUACGGCAGCCGCUGCACCGUGGCCACCCGCGCCUGCUCUUCCUACUCACCGAUGGUACAGUGGACAACACAGGCAAGGUCAUCGAGCUCGUGCGCAGCUAUGCCCGUUUCACCAGGUGCUACUGCUUCGGGAUUGGUCAGAAUGUGUGUCGGAGGCUUGUGAUUGGCCUAUCUGCUGUAUCCAAUGGGAUGGCUGAGUUUCUGGCAGAGGGGGAGCGACUGCAGCCCAAGAUGGUUAAAUCCUUGAAGAAGUCCAUGUCUCCAGUUCUCAGUGACAUAGCCAUCGAGUGGCUCUUCCCUGAAACUAAGGAGGUCCUGCUGUCACCUUUGGGCUCCACCUUCCUGUUCCCCGGGGACCAUCUCAUUGGGUACAGUGUGGUGUGUGACACAACGCGCUACCAUCCCAACCCAAAGUCUGACAAGAGGAGACGCUACAGCAUGAUGCGUUCCAACGAGUCAACCAGCUCGGUGUUCUACCAUUCCCAGGAGGAGGAUUCUGGGAAAAUUGGCUCAGAAAGCCGAGGCGUGCUGCGGGAGUGGGCUGCUGGCUCCCCAAAUGAUGGUUACCAAGAGACAGUAUCAGAGGGCACUCCGGUUACCACAGAGCAGGACAUAAUGGGAGCUGAUGCAAAGGCCUCACCCAGAAGGCGGGCUUACAGCACCAAUCAGAUUGUGGACUACAACCCUCUGCGGAAGUUACAUACACCCAGUGACCCGAGCUCAAUCCUGGGGAAGAACCCGCUGAGGAGAGCCAAGAUCCAAGAACUGACCAGUCACCCCAGUCCGGAUCAUGGAACCCAGUGGAUGAGCGACUAUCAGCCACAGCUGGUGAGUCUGUGUGCCACGCCAUCCAAGGGUCGAUCUGCCGGCGGCCAAAGACCUCCACACCUGCAGCAGGAUGAGUUUGUCCAGUUCUCUGAGGGGGACCAGCUGCCUCAGAGCCUGUAUGCUGCGAUCCGGAAUGCAGCAGAGGAAGGGUCUAGGUCCUCCACGGACAGCCCCUCUAUCAGCAGCGGAGGAGAUGUAGAUGGCUACACCCAUCAGCUCUGUGAGAUGGAAACACCUAUGGAGCCUUCCACUCCGGACCUGAACAUACCUGGUUCUGGAAAGAAGGACUGCAAGGCUGUGGUUUCUGGCCUGCUCUGUGGGAAGCUGGUCAAGUGGGAGGUAGCGUUCGACAUCGAGCCCUACCUGAAGGGAAGGGAGCGAGAGGAAAAAGUCCAUGAGGACCUGUGGAAUGAGACCAUUCACCACUUGGCUGGGCAGUCCAUCAUUCAGGACUUUGAGCAAAUGGCAGAGAAAGAGUGUGAGAUUGAGCACGGUUCGAGCCGGAAGUACCAGCUUUAUGCCAUUCAGACCAGCAAGGCCUGCAACAUACUCAGCAAAUACACAGCCUUUGUGCCCAUCGAUCUGGACACAAACGAAUACCUGCCCACCAUAGUGGAGUAUACAAAUACAGGUGAUGUCUCAAAGCAAAGCAGCCAUGUGGGCUCUCGGCCUGGGAGCAGGAAAAACAGAAACUACUCCACUGGACUGGGGCGCUCUCAGUCGGGCUGUGUAUCGGAGCGACCAGAGGAGGGCUUCGCCCUUCUGAAGACUCACAGUGAAGAUGCUGCCUCCUCCUGCAGUACUCCGUCUUCUUCAGGCUGGGACAGGUUCACCUUUACUGAUGUGGCACUCAAGAGCCCCUCUCUGGCCUCUGAACACUCCCAAAGAUCGGUGGAGAGCCUCUUCUCUGCCAGGCUGAGCCUCAGCAGGGCACGUAUGCUGACACGUGCUGCACGGGGGUUCAUGUGCCGGUCACCCAGCAAGACUAUCGAGUCGAUGGCUGAGAAUGAAAGUGAGAACAAGGACUACAUCCCACUGGUGUCCCUGCAGUUAGCCUGUGGGGCUUUUUUUCUGAAUGAUGCACUCUGUGAUGCCAUCAAUGUGCCCAUGGACAAGCUGAAGUGGACCUCCCCCUUUGCCAGCCACCGUGGGAGCCUAACCCACACAUCCCACUCAGGAGGACGAAAGGCAGGUCCUGAAGCCCAUGAGGAUGCCACACGAACUGCUCUGUUUGAGCUAUGUCAGAAGGAGGAGGCUGUUUCCUCAAGCCCCUCCCACCCAGUCAGCAGCCCUUGGACUGAAGGGCAGCCCUCCUUUUUGACAGCCCCCUUCCAUGGAUCCUCUCUUGGUGAAUACCCAUACUCACCUGUGAGCUCGCAGAGGGAUAGCGGGUGUGGGUCAGAGUCAGAGAAUGCUGAGACCCAUUUGGUGGCACCCAGCAGCCCUUGGGGCUUCUCUGAGCCAGAAGAUUUGGUGUGGGCCACAGCUGUGGCUCUGGCUUGGCUGGAGCACAGCUCAGCAAAUUACUUCAUUGAAUGGGAGCUGGUGGCCGCCAAGGCCAGCAUGUGGCUGAGUGGCCAGGCCAUCCCUGAAGGCAGGGACCUGGCCUCUGUGAAGGCUGCAGCCAACCAGCUUUUCAUUAUCCUCAGACACUGGGAUGAAAACUUGCAGCUCAACAUGCUCUGCUACAAUCCAAACAGUGUUUGA